AUGUGUAUCUUCAAGACCCACUUCGAUUCGGAAUCGGCUAAUAUCGAUUUUGAUGAGGCCGCUGAGAAUAUCUGGGGAGGUUGCGACAGUUAUGCCAUCGCCAAGACCAAGCCUGGUGAUGGACAGCCCAGAAACCACACCUCCAACAAUUUCAACCGAGAAUAA